UGAGAAACACUGAGCGCCUAACUGUGAGUGGAUUAAAAAUGCUUCUGCUCCUGAGCUGCUGUAUUAUUGCAGGCAUCGCAGCAAAUGAAGCACAGGUGGUGCAGUACGGGUUGAAAAACAGCUCAGUAUGUCUACAUGUUGGGGAAUCAGCAGUAAACCUAAGGGUUGACUGGAGUUUCAAGAAGAGAUACAUUAUUCUAAAUCGAAAAUUCAACCCCAAUUACACAGAGAGAGCGGAUUAUCAUCCUGGCAACGGCUCUCUGUGCAUCAAGAAACUGGCAGAGUCAGAUAAUGGUGUGUAUGAUGCAGAAGCACCCAAGGGCUUUGACAAACUAACAUGGGAAUUCCUCCUCAUUGUCCAAGAAACCGUUCCAGAGCCAGAUAUCAGGGUCACAGUCCUGUUGUCCAACGAAUCAGCCGACUUCUGCACCAUCAUGGUGAACUGCUCCAUCCAGGACAGCUGGGCCUUUACUGUCUGCAACCAAGACCGCUGCCCAGUAUCUCAGAGAUCAUUCGGCACGAUCAACAUCACCAUCUCCCUCACCAGCACAACUGUUGUCUGCCACGGCAACAACCACGUCAGCACCAGCAAAAGCUCUAAGAGACUGGACAAGACAUGCUUCAAAGAUCAAGACUUCAAGACCAUCAUCAAAAACACAUGGCCAGAGGGAGCAGUUUUAUUGUCCAUUUUGGCACUUUUCUUGGUCCUAAGCUGUGUGUUGAUCAUCUUGGUUAAGAGGUAUCACAGCUCAAAAGAAUGGAACAACCAGCAGGCAGAGACUGCAACUCAAGUAGAAAGACUGUCAGUGGAGGCACAGCCCGCUGCAGACAAUGAACCUUCCUCCUGUCAGCCUGUGCGUGUUCAUGAAGUCUCACACAUCACAACCAGCACACCAGGAGCGGGAGCAGGACCUGAUCUGAAAGCAGAUUCUGUCUACUGCGUUUUACAGUUACCGUUUGCAGCUGCCUCGCUGGAUAAGAGGGGCAACAAAAAAGACGGGAAAGGACAAGAGAAAACUGACUCCCCUGAUGCUGAGGGGACAUCGACGUGCAGCAAAGUGUGUUAUGAAUCCAGGAAUCAAUCCAGGGUCAAUAUGAGUGCCAGAGAAAGGUCAGAGGACUUGUCGCAGUCACUCUAUGCAACUGUUCAACCAGUGAAGCCAAGAAGUGCAUCACCAGUGGCAACAGGAAAGCCCUCUCUUCAUGGAGAUGGAGAUGGAGAUGGAGAUGCAGAGGCUGUGCAGUGCCACCAAGAGGCCAGAGGGAGCUCUGCCACGCCAGAGAGGACACAGCUCCCUGAGACUGAAACUGUGUACAGUGUAGCACAGUGGCCAAGACAUCCUGCGAGGUCAGAGCGCCCUCCACAGGCCAGAGGGGAUUAUCAAGGCCGGGGAGUUGACACAUGAAGUAAGAGACGCAUGAACACACUGCGUGAAACCAGACUCCUUUGCUACUGAGCUGAGACUGUGAACAUAAAUGUAAGAAAUAUGUAUCUAUUUUUUUUUUUUUUAGAUCUUUGUAGGUAAUGCAGUGAUUUUGUAUAUAUUGUAUUGAUUUGUUUUAAUAAUUUAAUUCCAUGAAAAUGAAUUCCGUGAUCACUGACACCUCUGUGAUGGGUGUUACAUUAUAGGGCGACACUGCAGUCUCUGUACAUGUGCAUUAAGUGUGAACAGGUAAAAAUAGGUUAAAGGUUGAUUAUAUGCUUGCCAUUGUUGAGUGUAGUUGCAAAUGAUCCUUGAAGUCAGCGGUUCUCAACCUGAGGCCCGGGGACCUCCCAGGGGUCCUUGACGAGCUUCCACAGGGCACCCAGAAAAAUGGGGAAUAUUUUAAUUUCACUAUUAUUUUAUUGACUAGAAUGACUAGAAUAUAAAGUUAAGACAACCAAGGGUGUUGAGCAACAUUCUCCAUGUUUUCUAGUUGUGAAAAUUGACCUUUAAAUACAACACAACUGAAAUCAAAUUAAUUGAAAUCAAAUAAUUUCACCUCACUAACUUUACUGCUAAGGCCUACCACAGUAAUGUUACACCCUCAGCAAAGCAUGAAGCCGAUUUACAGCAGUCAGAAAGCAAUAUAGAAAACUUUUUUGGACAUGUAAAUGC